AUGCUUAGAGGGGACGCACUAAAGGGAGAGCUAACGCUAGCCAGUGGGGUGGAGAAUGAUGAACUGGUUACAGCCAAGCAACUCUUCGCAACGCAUUUGAAGGUGGAUGAGAGGGCAAAGCAGCUUUACAGGAACUUCAAUGUGGAGGAGUAUGUCCUGGAGGUUAUGCGAAGUAAGGAGACAGAGAAGAAGGGAGAUGGUGAGGAAGUGAAAAGCGGCAAAUUGGAGGAUGCGAAGGAGGUUGAAGGGGGUGGUGGUGAAAAUGGUGGAGCAGAAAACGUAGACAAAGCGAAAAAUAUAAACGAUACGAGAAGAGGCAACGAAUCCGAUAACGCCAACGAAGCUGAUAAUGAAGACAGCGCAGGCGAUGACACAGACUGUGAGUACCCCAAAAGGGACGAACAGGCGUACAGAGAAGAACUACAGUUUUUAAAAUCCAACCCACUACACCUGAGCAGGUGGUACGACUUCCUUGAGAUGUACCAAAGAGAAGAAGUGUACGAACUCUUUCUCCUGGUCUUUCCAAGAUGUACAUUAUAUUGGACAAAAUAUGCAGAACUGAAAAUAAAAAAAAAGGAAUACACAGAAGCAUAUAAAAUAUAUCGCAGAUGUAUUGAUGCCAAUAUCUACGACUUGAAAUUGAUUUUCUCCUUUUUGUACUUUACCUACCAUACAUCAUCCAUUCACGAGUACAUUAGUUUUCUCUUCGAGGGACUGAAGUACGUGGGGACGGAUAUAAAGUCAAGCACCAUUUGGGUUGAGCUGCUAUACAUAUUAAUAAAAAUAAACAAUACAAAUUUGAUUGUGAAUAAUGAUAUUCAUAAUUUACUUUUUGAUCCAUUUAGAAACAUAAGCUGUAAAAAAAGGAAUGAAGGGCCAUUGCUACCAUCGGAAAGGGAGCAAGCCAUAUUUAGUUCCUCCAUUCCCAAUAAAGGUGGGAAAACGGUGACUUACACAGAACAUUACACAAGUGAUGGGAAGCUUCGAAAGUUUUACCAUUGCUGGUUUAAUAAUCCGACAAAAUAUUUAGAUAAGGUGUGGAAGAGCUAUUGCUCCUACGAAAAAACAAUGACAGAUAAUUUUACUGUCAGCUCUUUAUCUAGCUACAACACACAAUAUUUAAAUGGGAAGAAUGCUUAUAGGGAGUUAUGUGCCCUUUAUGAGGAAUUAAAUCUCGACAGAAAAUUCAAAAUUGAUAAAAAAUUUAAGUUAAUUAUACCGAUUAGUAGGAAAUAUAAAGUAGAAAAUUGUAUUCUCCUUCGCAGGUGGGAAAAAAUUAUCAACUAUGAGAAAGAGAACCCCCUAAAGUUGAGCCUCCCCCUUGUACGUAAAAGAAUUAUGUAUGUCUACGAACAGGCCUUAGUUCAUUUACAGUUUAAUGCUGAUUUGUGGUUUUCCUACUUCCAGUUCCUGCUACUAAGUAAGAAGUUUAGUUAUGCCAUUAGGAUUAUGAGGGAGGCCAUCGAGGUUUAUCUUCCCUUUGACGAAUUGUUGAAAUUAAAUUUUGCUUACUUCUUCGAAAGACACGCGUUAAUAAAUCAGGCUCACUUCGUUUAUCAGCUUAUGCUUGGUGGAGUUUCCAAAAGGAAGAAGCAGUUUUCUCUGUCCUUUUUGCACUCCAAGGAGGGCUUCAGGAAGAGGUCUUUAGGCCUUGUAAAGAAAAGAGCAGGAAAGAGGAAGAGGAAGGGUACAUUAAAGGGGGGGACUAGCAAAAGGGGGGAAUCCAGUGAGGUGGAAAGUCUGAACAGAGGGGAUGACCUCCAUAAUAGCAGAAACGAUGAAGAAAGGAAGAAAGGGAAAAAAAGAGUAAAAGCGGAGGGUCCAUCUCGGGGCCAGGUACUACCCCCCUCGGAUGAUAUUUACAACGGGGGGAGCGACGAUAACAAUGGGAAGAGCGAAGAAAGUAAUGAAGGUUCUAAUGGGGAAGAGGACCUUAACGAUCGCCCUAGUGAGGAAGUCAGUGGGACCACUGCGGGAGACGCACGAGAGGCGCCUAGAACGUGCGAAGAUGAUAUCAAGGAGAAAUUUCUGCACUGUGAUUACGAAAAGAUUGAGGAACGGAAAAAAUAUUUCAUAAAUUACAUUAACGUGAACAAGAAAAAAAGGAGAGAAUUUGUCUUCACACACUUUUUAAACUUUGUUAAAAGGAAUUACGAUGAAACGAUAUGGAGGUACUACACGGAGAUUGUACUAAGCGAGAAGAGGUGUUCCCAAUAUAUAUACUACUAUUGUGCAAACAUGGAAAAAACAUUUUUCAAAAAUGAAAAGAGGGCCAUCUAUAUCAUGAAUGAGGGUUAUAAGAAGUACGCGUCCAACAAACAGUUCCUUCUACUUUAUGUUAAGCUUCUACUAGAAAGGGGAAAUAUUGACGAGAUCAGAUCGUUGAUUUACAAAUUUAUUCACAAUUUGUAUGCAGAUUUUUAUAAAAAAUAUGACAGCCAAAAUAGCACCAGUGGAAGAAAAGGUUCCAGAGGAAAAUCAGGACAGGGAGAAUUUAACCAGUUCGAUUCGAAUUAUCUAAAAUUGUUAAGGAAAAAAAAUAAGGCGUGCGAUAAAUUGUGGACUUUACUGAUGCAGCUGGAAACGCUUUACGGGGACAUAUCCAAUUUGAAUCGAAUUUGGGAAACGAAAUUAAAAUAUGAGUCGGGAUACAAUUUAGAAGAAAAUAAAAACGUUCUCAUAGAUUUUGACAACGUGUCUAAUGUUAACGAACAUAUGUUCGUGGAAGAUUCUACGCUGACGGAUAUCCUUUGCAAGGGAUAUCUGGAAAACUUAAAAAAAAAUGACAUUGAUAAUUUACAGUUUAAGGUGAACUUAAUCAGUUCGCAGCAGUUCGGUGGGGCAUCUCUCAAAAAGACCUUCUCCUUUUUUCAAGUCAGUGGGGAAAACGUUUUUACAGAAUUGUUAACUGGGAAUGAAAACGUUAUUAAUGUGCAAGAUGGGGCGAGGAAAAAGAAAAAGGCACUGCGUCAGGAGGGAGAGAAAGAGCAGAAACAGGAGGAUGACAACCCUACGAGACCCUUCCAGUCGGAAGGAAAUAAGGAGCAUAUAAGCGAAAGCGAGAUGAGCGAAAAUUGUAAUGCAAACAGGAAUAAAAAUCAAAAUAAUCAAAAGGAGGAGGGAGACGCAUCUGGAAUAAAUAACGAUCAACUUCGAAACAUACCUCCUUUGAAGAAAGAAAAAAAACUUUCCGCGAGAAGGGGCACAGUGAAAUCUGCCUACGAUUCGUUUAACUUUUUGGACUCACGAACACGUGUGAAAAAGGAAAAAAAAAAAAUUCACAAUAAAGUUGCGGGAAGCACGAAGAAUGAGGGAAGUAAGACUGAAGAAAAAGCGGACAUGAUAACCGACACAGUGAGCUCUAUCAGUAGGCCCAAUUUAAAGAAGAUGCUUCUGUACAAGCCGCUAGAAAAUUAUGAUCAUUUAGAAGUAGAUGGGGGAAAAUUGCACAGUGGGGAAAACAUAUCAUUGGGAGAAUAUCCCUACUGUGUUAGCGACAUGAACAGAAAUGACGACAAGAAUUAUUUUUUCAAGCGAGAAUAUUUCAGCAUGCCAAAUAUAAUAAACGACUUUUUAAGUUUGUUGCCUGAAGAAAAUGGAGGCUUAAAUGUGUCAGAUAGUUCCAUCGAUUAUUUAAUUGCGUCUCUGAAAAAAUUGACCAUCCCCAAGUUAGAGACAUUUCCCUACGAACCGAUACCCGUGAAGGAAAUCAUACAGAUAAAGAAGGAGUUGAAUGGUUAA